CUUUCAACUUCCUCCCUCGGAAGUAUGCCGUGUGUGUGCGCUGCUUCGAUACCCCACUCGGACUAGCAGCUAGGGCGUCUUCGCGCGGGUUCCAGUGGCGCGUGGUCGCCGCGAUUGCGCCAUGAUGGUGUACCCGGCACGGGAGAAUGUGCGGUGUGCAUUUCUUGGAGGGGUUUGAGGACGGUUGAAGCGCGAGGGACGGCAUGGUUGGAGGUGGUGAGAAGAGAUAUCGGGACGCGUCCGGACGCGUCGUUGCGCGUCAAAGUGCUAAAGAUGGGAUGACGGGAUGCGAAAGGGAAUUGAUGGCGGAUCAAUUCCGAAAUGUGGUUCUAUGCCAGCGUGUAAGCUCAGUUGGUGUCUGCUAUAUAGAAUCUCCCUAUCAAUUGGUUGAACAUGUCCUGUCUUGCUCCGUAGAGAAGAGUAGUUUCUUCCUUGCCUCGCCUGGCCAAACCCAUAUAUUGGGGCCUUAUCGCCUUAGACCUGUAAUCAGAAUUGUAACUCCAAUAAUUAGCGCUCACUGCGAUCAAGUCGAAGCUGCGGAGAUCGAUAUUUCCGGUACGUACAUCGAAGUCUGCAGUGAAGAUCCUAUCUAUUCUCUCCAAUUUAUAAAUGCCUCAACGAUAAGAUCGCAGGAUUAUCGGCUUUUCAUCUGCACCCAGCCCCUCCUCACUUAGGAGCCACUAGUAGCCCAGCCCCCGCGCAGCAUACACUCUCCGCAGGAUGCCCAUUAAC